AUGUCGCGGCGCUCCCACCCCGGUCGUCGCAGGCGGCGACACAUGCAGCAUGGUGCGGAUCCGGAGGCGGAGAACCUCCUCACCCUCAGCGGGGUGGCGGCCGAGGGCGACGAGGCCUGGAGCGAGGACGAGGGUUCUUAUCACGACGAGCCCGAGGACUGUUCGUCCUCUUCGUCCUCUCUCGCUUCGACGACAGUGACGCCUCGCAGCACCUUCAUCAUGGCCGACUCGGAUAAUCCACGCGCUCUCGAAGAGGGUAAUCGCGCCCGGAGGCCUACGGCGGCGACCGUCUCCUCCUCGUCUUCGUCAUUUGCCCCUCUUCCUAUGGUGGCGACCACGACGAGCGCCGCGUCCGCGUCCUCGGGCUCGCAGCUCAGGAGCAUCGCCUCGGCGGUCAAUUCCGACAAGAAGGGGCCUGCUCUGGUCGAGGUGACGGUCAACCCUCACGUCGGCGACCCGUACUUUGUCGGCACCAUCUACAAGGACGAGUCCGACAAUUCGCAGGGCGUCAAUUCAGAGAAAAGCGAAGGGGUGUACCUGCGUCACGUCAAGAGCCUGUCCAGGCAAUGGCCGCGGCUCAGGUACCUUGCCGAGUUCAUGGAAGCCGGGACGGUGCCCAAGAAGAGUGCCGCCCUUGACGCGCUCGAGGUCAUCCAUCGUCGCGCCCGUGUCAAGGUGGCCCUGGUGGACUUUACCGACCCGCACAACAUCAAGCAAGAGACGUACAACAGCGGCGAGUCGCUAGCCCGCGGACUCAAGAACAGCAGCGCGCCGACGCGCAGCGCCACCAAGCGCAACCGUCUGUUCGUCGCCGAGGACCUGUCCAGCACGACCAUCGAAGUCCUCGGCGCAGGGCUUGAUAUGGACCCGACGCUGUUCCGCGGCCACCUCGAGGACCACACGUGGUUCAACAUCAAGGACGACUGGGUGGAGAUGCCCGAGCUCGAGUCGCAGUCCCAAGGCCGCGACUUUGUGACACUCACGUACAUGAAGCCCAGGUUCUUCGAGGACACGACCGUGUCGGACCGGGCGCGCGACCGUGCUGGCGAGUGGAACGUGCUGCGGCGCAUCGACUUUGAGGGGCAGGUCAAGUCGGGCAAGAAUGCGUGGUGGGAGGAGUCGCCGCACGAGGUGGGCUUGCUUCGGAGCAAGGUGAGCAUCUGGAGCAGACAGGACGACAACGGCUGGACCGGCGUCAUUCUCGUCGACCCGCAUGUGGGUGCAGGUCACCCCUUGUGGAACGGCUACGGCAGGCUGAGCUCGCCGCCCGGCCUCGACGACCCGGAGCCGGACUCCAGGCAACUGGCCGACAUGGGCCUGUUCGAGGCGCUGACGUCCACCAUCGCGGGCCUGUCGCCGCGGGACCGCGACCGGCUGGCCGCCGACCCCGAGCACGUCACCUCGCACGUGUACCCGUUCAUCUUCGCCGAGGUGCUCGUGACGCUCGAGUACUCCUUCACGGGGCUGUUCCAGAUCGAGUGGCUGCUCGACUCGCAGCGCACGCGCAAGCUCGACGACCUCGAGACGUGCAUCGACAGCCUGCACAAGUGGCAGCGCCGCCUGCCCUUUUACGUCGAGUACAUCCAGGACAGCAUCACGGCGCUCGAGGGCCGGUACCACCAGGCGCUGUCGGCGGAGCGCAACGCAGCGGGCACGAGCGCCGCGGCGGCGGCAAGCUGCUGGCAGGCGGGCGUGCGGCGCGACCUCGGCAGCCUGCUCGCGCGGCUGCAGGUGCUGCAGCUGCGGGCCGACAAGAUCAUGCAGAUGGCCGUGGCCAUCAUCAGCAUCGAGGAGAGCAAGAAGGCCAUGCUGGAGAGCCGCAACAUGGGCCGCAUCACGUACCUGGCGUUUGUCUUUGUGCCCAUGAGCUUCGUGACGAGCUUCCUCAGCAUGAACGAGGACCUGAGCCAGCGCAGCGUCAUCGUCUACUGCGUCUUCUUCGCCGUCGCGGUGCCGCUGAGCCUCGUCGCCGUCUUGCUCGCGCUGUACUGGAACAGGAUCAUGCAGUGGUGGGAGGCCCGCGAGGAGACGAAGAAGAAGCAGAACCGGCGGAAGAAGCAGCACCACCACGUCAAGAAGGGCUGA